AUGGCAGUGACUGCUGUAGAUGGUGAAUUCGUGCGGAGAUUACAAAAGGAGGAGGAGGUGCAACGCUCGAGGAAAGAUUCAAGACGACCGAGAUACUCGAAAUUCUCCCAACAAGAGCUUAGCUCGUGCAAACCCUUAUUGACGCCUAGAUGCACUGUCGUGUUGUUCGUUUUGGUCGGUGCGACAUGCAUUCUCAUUGGUAUGUACGCAUUAUACGCUUCUUGGUCGGUUGUGGAGCUUGUGAAUAGGUAUGACACGUUUUGUGUUAUGAAACACGCAACAAGUGCAAACCCAUUGACGACAAACGAGGAGAAGUCCGCUUACAUGAAAAAUUACAAUAAGCAGAAGAACUGCACGAUCACUAUGGAAAUCGAUAAGCUGAUGACGCCACCCAUUUACGUUUACUACCAAUUGGGAAACUAUUUUCAGAACCAUAGGCGGUAUGUGAAGAGUAAGAGCGAACGGCAGCUCCGCGGACUCCCGCCCUCCAGUUCAGAGCUUAACGACUGCAAACCUCAGGACACAGCGAACGGGCAGGUUAUCAUCCCGUGUGGACUGAUUGCAUGGAGCCUCUUCAACGAUUCCUUCGAUUUCUCCAUCGACGACUUUAGCAGCGACAAUGGUACAAUAUUCAUUAACAAAACAGCAAUCUCAUGGAAGAGUGACCGGGAGGAAAGAUUCAAUAAUACCGUGUUUCCAACAAAUUUUCCCAACAACAACCGAACCACACUUGCGAAUGCUUCCCAAAUUGGAGGAGCUUCGCUUGACGAGAACUUACCACUGAACCGGCACGAAGACCUCAUGGUGUGGAUGCGUACAGCUGCUCUUCCUACGUUUCGCAAAAUCUACGGCCGCAUCGAAACAGACCUGGUGCCCGGCACGAGACUGACUGUGAAUAUCAAUAACUUCUAUAACACGUAUGGCUUUGGUGGGAGCAAGAAACUCGUCCUAUCCACUGUGAGUUGGGUUGGUGGGAGGAAUGACUUCCUAGGGCUGUCAUACGUUGUAGUGGGAUGCGUUUGUAUCUUCAUCGGCCUGACGUUCAUGUACUUGCACUGGAAGCAUCCGCGGCCCUUAGGCGACAGAUCCCAUCUCUCCUGGGUGCGGAAGAAUGCGGCCAACUCCAGAGUGACGAGCUGA